AUGAUCAGUGGGUACAGCAGUGAUGAAAACGUUGAAGAGCUGAACGACCAUAGCACCACCCAAGACGAAGAAGAUUUGCAUAACAUAUUGAAUGACUUGAUUGGACACGAGCAUCGAGAAGUAGAAUCAACACCGUUAGACUUCUUGGAGUUGAACAUUUUCAAGAAUGAAGAGGGUAGCCAGCAUGACUCCGACACCAACUCGAUACUGGCUGAAGAGUCCGCAAAAUUAUUCUUCGACAGAUACAUUCAGAUUGACAAGGGCAAUGACGAACCGCUCUUUCAUAGCAAACUAAAGCAUUUUUUCAUUCUUUCAUCAGCUGGAAAGCCAGUCUACUCUAUGAACGGCUCUGAUGAUAUUAUCAUUGGAUACAUGGGUAUAAUAACAACCAUCAUAUCCACAUUCGAGGAAAACAUGCAGGAAGAUAUCAAAUCUAUCACAGUGGGUGAAGACGUGAAGAUAGUUGCAUUGACGAAGCAUGAACUAAUCUUUGUCGCCAUCACCAAAAUUGGGUAUGAGUCGAUGUCAUCUUCAAAUAACCAUGAGGAAGACUCUAUAUUAGUGAACCAACUUAACAAUCUUUACCAUUACUUGUUGUCUAUUUUAUCCAGGCCCACGUUGGAGAAGAAUUUCCAUAAUAGAAUGAAUUAUGACCUAAGGAAGGUCCUCACUCCACUAGACUUCCACAACCUUGACAGCUUGUGCUUCAAAAUGACUUACGGCUUGCAACCUCAUGGAUCAGACCCAAUCGGUUUUGAUUACUUCAUGAGCCAAUUAUUAGGCUCCUCCUUGCAAAACAUAAAAAUGACCAAUACUACAAGAACCCAGCUCAACAACAUACUUCUUUCUUCGAAAAAACUCAAAGAGGAUAAGAAGGAAUCCGAUAAAUUAAGCAGUUUCUUCAAUAUCAAGAGAGAUGAUGAGGAAAAAUACAUUGCUGAGGAUCUUCUUUUCUCUUUCCUUGCAGUUUCGAGCAAGAUCUUGAGUUACUUGAAACCAAAAAAUCACAAUCUAUCCAAUGAAGAUAUUUCGUUGCUUAUCUCGAUGAUUGAAUCUACGGAAUUGCAUGAACCGGACAGUGGCGAGGGCGAUUUAUGGAUGCCGUUGUGUAUGCCACAAUUCAAUCAGAAUGGUUUCCUCUACGUGUUUGUCAAAAAGUUCAUGUUGAGCGAUUACAUUGACACAGGACAUCAGAAGCAGUGCCCACCAAUAACGAUAAUUCUUAUCAGUGGCAACAAAAACUCAUUCUUCGAAAUGCAAGAAAUCUCCAAGUACAUCAUUCGCAAGUUGCUUAAGCAUGAAUCGUUCAAACUAAAGUUGUACAAGGAGCUCCUUUUGUCCACGAAACUUUCAGUGCUACAUGACAUUAAGGUGCCAGUGAUCAAGCAUUUUGUCUACAAGCUCACCAAGACCAACCAAUAUAUUAUGAGUGAUAUAGCCCAUUAUAACGGUGAGCGAAAUAUAAAUAGCUGUAUCCAGUUGGUAUACUUCUAUUCCAUGCUAAGAAACACCAAGGUCACCAAAGUUUUCAAGCCCCAAGGCAGCCACAAAAUUAUGCAUCCAUUCAGUAACAAGAAGUUGACCUACUCGAAGUGGAAUAAUGUGACAGGAUUCAUGCUAUGCGACGAUACUUUUGAGUUUUAUUGCUUAUGUACAGAGGGGGUGGACUCCAAGGACUUGAUUAGCCAUAGCUUGAAGGUGAUCAAAUGGUGUGAAAAAAAUUACAAGCGGUUGUUUAUAGGAAAUGGAGUCAGUUUUUAG